AUGUCACAUCCUGUGGGCACAACUGUUCGUAUCACAGACUUCGUCAAACACAUCCCUGUCCGCAGGCAGACUGCCUUGAAGGGUGCUACGAAAAAUCUCUCGAGGAUCAAAAGGCUUCUCCAGACCUACGCUAUAGCUCAACCAUCCAAGAGGUUCUCCCUCAAAGUUCUAAAGGCGAAAAAUGAAAACAGCAAUUGGACCUAUGCGCCAAAUGCAGACGCCUCGCUCCCGGAUGCAGCUCUCAAGGUAGCCGGCACAGAAGUGUCUUCUUCUUGUGCCGUGAAGCGCCUUUCCUCCCAAAGUACCGCUGGAAAUCAACGAGGACCAUCGGACCGGAAGGAGUACGAAGCCAUCGCCCUUCUUCCAAAGACACAAUUUGAUACCCCCAAGAUCAACAACGCAGGCCAAUACAUCAGUGUAGAUGGCCGCCCUCUCUCUAGUAGCAGGGGGAUUGGGCAUGAGAUCGUCAAAACUUUCAAGCGAUAUAUCCGUGUCGCCGCAUCCAAAAAUGAAUCCUCCAAAUCGGUUAGCGAUCCGUUUCUCUGUCUGCAAAUUCGCUGUCCCCGAGGAACGUACGAUGUCAACAUCGAGCCAGCGAAAGAUGAUGUGCUCUUCGAAGACCGAGAUGUGCUCUUGGUCUUGGUGGAGGAUCUGUUUCACGACCACUACGGAGGAUUAGGUAGGGCGGAGGGAAGAACUUCCAACCAAGGCAAAGAGGAUGCCUGCACAUCCGAUGGAGGGCCGGGAGGAUUUGAGCUUUUGAUGGCUAGGAAGCCAACUACGGACCUUUCCUCACAGGCUCGCGAUCCUGAGAACCCCUUCAGUGAAGCUAUACCCCGCACGCCUCUCUCACAAAAGCCGCUCCGAUCUGAGUACGCCUUUUCGUCUGCGGUUCAUUCUAGCGGCAAGGACCACGAAAGUCCUGACGAAUCGGUCACCGCCAGAGACAAGCGUUCCCGCUUCGUCAAUCCGUGGUCUAUCUCCAGAAUCAAUGCCUCAUUUCAAACACCGCGACGCGGGACCAAUUCUCUCAAUCAAGCAAGCCCUGUGGAUCUAUCCAGUGGUAGCUUGCAGGGACAAGUCCGAAGGGCGAGUGAAUCACGAGGCUUCCAGCAUUCUCCCAACUCGGACCUGAUAAGUCCCCUUACUUCUCGACUUGCAUCUGGGUCGCCAGUGAGGCGCCGUCGACAGCAUGCGCAAGAAUCGAUCGAGUCCUCCCCGAAGAAUAAUCACAUUUCGAGCGCCCGACGCGCUGAGAGAGAACGUGAUCGAGAUCGGUAUGGGAACGGAGCUCUAGACACAUGGUUCCAGAGAACCACGCAAGUCUCCCUGCAGCAAAACCCUGUUGAGGAAGGACCGACUCAAGAACCGGAUUCACCGGUUUCUUUCCUUGCUCAGCAACGGUUUGGUUUGCCCACGAAUACUUCGCCGAAAAUUGUGCAUCUCGAUGGACAGAAUGAUGGUUGUUCGGACAGUCCAUCUAAAAAUAGCAUCACUUCAGAAGCUGCCCGACAUGUGCCUUCGCAACCUGAACACCAAGAUGACUAUAUUACAGAGUCAAUGGAUAGUAGUCGAGGACUUCCGGUUCUCGAAAGGUGGGCCGCUCGACUUCACGAAGGAGUCAGUCAUGAGGAACCAUCUGAUGUGGAGAAAGCACUUGACUUUGAAAGGCGGAAGAAAGAAGCCAUCCAGAACAGUCGCACACGCUUCAAGGCGAACGGUAAACCAUCCAGUUCGCAGACUGCUCCAGUAUCGCAUUCGCCUCAUCGCAGUCGAUAUCUUGCCGCAAAAGCUGCCUUAACUUCGUCGCAAAGUUCGAUUGGUCAGCCGUUCUCUGCGACAACUCUCUCCCCCCAUGAUCCGCGAGCAUACCUCAUCCGGCAGGAAAGAGACCUUUCUACCGAUGAGCCUUCAACGAGCAACGGAAAGGCCCGGAGACUACCCACCAACCGGCUUCCCUUCGAACGUAUACCUGAUGGCUCUGACCUGCAUGAUCUCGGUUUAACCUGCUCGGUUGACUUGCCGUCCGGCUCGAACUCGUUCAAGUGGAAUAUGCCAGAGGAUCUAUAUACUGAGAGUGACAACAAAGCUACCGCGUUCUCGGCAUCUGAGCUCGAAACCUGCUUGCCGUUCUGGAAUGAACGAUUGAUGCUUAUUAUGAAACAGCAAUACAAAAGCAAGGAUGAAUCAAAGCCUUUGAGUAUUCAAAUUGAUCUUGCCGCCAUUAUUUCUCAGCAUGUGCAAAUAGCCCAAAACAAGUAG